AUGCACUUCCACUCUGAAAUUAAUAUUUCUUAUUUAAGAUGCAUCGUAUAUUUAAAAGAGGAAGAAGAAAGUUAAUAUCAACAAAUAAAAGUCAAGUAAGGAUCCCUCAGUGGAGAAGAAGAGUUACUUUGGUGUUUUUCGACAGAUAAAGAAAUAUCAAGAAGAACGUGUUGCCAAAUCACACAUCAUAGAAGACAGGAUAGUAUCAGAUUAAAAAUCAGCAUAAAGUCAGUAAUAAUUAGGUGGGAUAAUAAUGAAAUAAUAUAGUCAUUAAGAAAAAAAAGUGAAGUGUAAACUGAAAUAAAGGAUAUAGAAAAUUUGGAACAACUUCUUAUGCCUCUAUAAAUAGUAUUGAAAGGUAAGAAUUAAGAUAUCAAUCAGAUACCGAAAGAAGUAUUCAACAGAGGACAAAAGCAAAAGUAACAGCUUUUGGAUGCCGAAAUUACCUAAAGUUAUUCUUAAAUUCAAACUGGAGAUAUAUUGAAGAACCAUAUAACUACAAAGAAUCGAUUAUGAGCUAAAGAGGAUCUAAUAUUUACCAAGAUUAAAAAAGAAGUGAUAAAGAAUUUGCAAUUCUAACUACUUUAAGAGGAUGA